AUGAACCUCCUCAAUUGCGUCUUCCCUGCCCGCCAAGAAGAAGAAACUGAGGAUCAUGGGUCUUUGGGCCUCUCUGUCCAGGGGUACCAUUCAAGGUGUCAAGUGGCUGAUGGGACAGACAGCCUCCAGCUAGGCACUGUCAUCAUCCUGCCCCUUACCUCUGUCCAUAACUGCACCUGCUGGCCCCAACCCCCAGAGGAUGCCCCAAGGACAUACCCUCGGCCUCAUGAGUUCCUGACCCCAUCGGAUCUGCCCAAGAGCUGGGACUGGCGUAACGUGGGUGGUGUCAACUAUGCCAGUAUCACUAGGAACCAGCACAUACCCCAGUACUGCGGCUCCUGCUGGGCCCACGGCAGCACCAGCGCCAUGGCAGAUCGGAUCAACAUCAAGAGGAAGGGCGCGUGGCCCUCCACCCUGCUGUCGGUGCAGCAUGUCAUCGACUGUGGCAAUGCUGGCUCCUGCGAGGGGGGCGACGACCUGUCAGUGUGGAAGUAUGCCCACCAGCACGGCAUCCCCAGCGAGACCUGCAACAACUACCAGGCCAAGGACCAGAAGUGCGACAAGUUUAACCAAUGUGGGACAUGCACUGAGUUCAAAGAGUGCCAUUCCAUCCAGAACUACACCCUCUGGAAAGUGGGUGACUACGGCCCUGUCUCUGGGAGGGAGAAGAUGAUGGCAGAAAUAUACGCAAAUGGUCCCAUCAGCUGCGGUAUUAUGGCAACAGAAAGAAUGGAGAACUACACGGGAGGCAUCUAUGCCGAAUACAACGAUAUGGCCUACAUCAACCAUGUCAUUUCUGUGGCUGGGUGGGGCAUCAGCGAUGGCACUGAAUACUGGAUUGUCCGGAACUCAUGGGGCGAACCAUGGGGCGAGAACGGCUGGAUGAAGAUUGUGACCAGCACCUACAAAGAUGGGAAGGGUGCCAGCUACAACCUUGCUAUUGAGGAGAACUGCUCGUUUGGGGACCCCAUUGUUUAAGGUGGACACCUCUGGGAGGGUAGUUUAAGAAAUUAUAACAUGAACCAUAAUCACAGGGGAUCCUACCAUUGUGGGCACUAGGCUGACUGGCAGGAACUGGGGUAACUGAUAGCGAUAUUGGACAGCUUCAGUGGCACUGAACACCUAUACGGUGCCUGUCAACAUGAGGCCCGAUGCUGUACCGGCUGCAAGGGCAUUCCCAAGAGCUGAAGACAGGAUGACGUGAGCACCCGCAUAACAACAGCAGUCAGCGACCUGGGGAAGAAGUGAUCCACAGGACAGCAAAUUAUGGAACCCCAAUUUUCUUUAGGAGAAGGCUUGGUAUCUUGGUAUUUUGUAUUUGGCAACUGUGGUCUAUAACAUGGCAUUUAAGAGGUAAAAGAGUUCAGGCUUAUCACUUCUUAUGUCACCUUGGAAUCAAUGGGGUGGGGGGCAAUUUCAAAUUGCCCAAGUGAUGAAUAAAAUAGCUAACCUCA